AUGGCUGAUCAAGCAGCAGCAGCAGAAGCCAACCAGACGACCAACACAAUAGUGUGCUAUGCGCCAACGAUGAUAACAACAAAUGGUAUAUGGCAAGGCGACAAUCCUCUCAACUAUUCCCUCCCGCUCUUCAUCCUCCAACUCACCAUGGUCGUUAUCACCACCCGUGUUCUUGGUGUCAUCUUGAAACCCCUUCGCCAACCCCGCGUCAUCUCUGAAAUCCUCGGUGGAGUAAUAUUAGGUCCUUCCAUUUUGGGUCAAAGCCAAAAAUUUGCCAACACCUUGUUCCCUUUGAGAAGCGUGAUGGUUCUGGAGACAAUGGCCAACGUGGGUCUGCUCUACUUCCUCUUCCUCGUUGGUGUCGAAAUGGAUUUGGCCGUCAUCCGCCGCGCCGGGAAGAAGGCCCUCUCCAUUGCCAUCGCCGGGAUGAUCCUCCCUUUCAUCGUCGGUGUCUCCUUCUCCUUCCUCCUGCAUCACAAGAACCACAAUGUGAAGCAAGGCACCUUCAUCCUCUUCCUCGGCGUCGCACUCUCCGUCACCGCCUUCCCCGUGUUGGCCCGCAUCCUCGCGGAGCUCAAGCUCCUGAACUCUGAGAUUGGACGGUUGGCCAUGUCGUCUGCCCUCGUCAAUGAUGUAUGCGCUUGGAUCCUCCUGGCCUUAGCCAUCGCACUCGCUGAGAACGAGAGCACCACAUUGGCUUCUCUCUGGGUUAUCCUCUCCAGCUUCGCCUUUGUCGCGUUUUGCAUCUUCGUCGUUCGACCCCUCGUCGGAUGGAUGAUAAGGAGAACGCCAGAAGGCGAAGCCAUUAGUGAGUUCUACAUUUGCCUGAUCCUCACGGGAGUAAUGAUCUCCGGCUUUGUCACUGACGCCAUUGGGACACACUCUGUUUUCGGGGCUUUCGUCUUCGGCCUAAUCAUUCCGAACGGGCCGCUGGGCGUGACGCUGAUAGAGAAGCUGGAGGACUUUGUUUCGGGUCUUUUGUUGCCAUUGUUCUUCGCAAUGAGCGGGCUGAAGACCAAUAUUUUGGCCAUUUCCGGCGCGAUGACUUGGGGGUAUUUGUUCCUCCUCGUUAUUCUUGCCUGCGUCGGGAAAAUCGCCGGGACUCUUAUGGUUGCUUUGUAUUACCAAAUGCCCUUUUAUGAAGGCGUUACGCUCGGCCUAUUAAUGAACACCAAAGGCCUUGUUGAGAUGAUUGUGCUCAAUGUUGGUAAGGAACAAAAGGUGCUAGAUGACACGUCAUUCGCAAUCAUGGUGGUCGUUGCCGUGGUGAUGACCGGAAUCAUCACACCGAUCGUGACGAUGAUCUACAAGCCGGCAAGACGGUUCGCGCCAUACAAACGUCGGUCAGUGCAGCUGUCAAAACCCGAUGCCGAACUCCAAGUCUUGGUCUGCAUCCACACGCCUCGCAACGUCCCGACCACCAUCAACCUCUUGGAGGCCACUUACCCCACCAAGAAAUCCCCCAUUGCCAUCUACGUCCUUCACCUGGUGGAGCUCACUGGCCGCGCCUCCGCCAUGCUCAUUGUCCACAACACCCGCAAGUCCGGUCGCCCCGCCCUGAACCGCACCCAAGCCCAGUCCGACCACAUCAUCAACGCCUUCGAGAACUUCGAGCAGCACGUCGACUGCAUCUCCGUCCAGCCCCUUACCGCCAUCUCGCCUUACUCCAGCAUGCACGAAGACAUCUGCAGCGUCGCCGAGGACAAGCAGGUGGCCAUCAUCAUCAUUCCAUUUCACAAGCAGCAAACGGUCGACGGCGGAAUGGAAGCCACCAACCCGGCUUUCCGGCACAUCAACCAGAACGUGCUCGCCAACGCGCCGUGCUCCGUCGGCAUUCUUGUUGACCGAGGGCUGAGCGGGUCGACCCGAUUGGCCGCCAACCAGGUGUCGCACCACGUCGCCGUUCUAUUCUUCGGGGGACCUGACGAUCGAGAAGCCUUGUCAUACGCUUGGAGAAUGUCGGAGCAUCCCGGAAUCAACCUCAACGUCUUGCGUUUCCUUCCCGGAGACGAGGUUGUCGAAUCGGCGAUGGAACAGCGCGACCAUGAACACGGCGACCCCAGGAUUCUGACUGUGGUGACGGACGACGGCCGGGAGAAGCAGCUCGACGAGGACUACAUCAACGAGUUCAGGGCGAAAACUUCCAACGACGAAUCAGUGACUUAUACGGAGACGAUAGUGAACAACGGGGAGGAGACGGUGAGCGCGAUAAGGCACAUAGACACGAUGCACGAUCUUUUCAUUGUAGGGCGGGGACAGGGCAUGAUAUCGCCGCUCACGGCGGGGCUAACGGACUGGAGCGAGUGCCCAGAGCUGGGCGCGAUCGGAGACCUGUUGGCGUCGUCGGAUUUCGCUUCCACCGUGUCGGUGCUGGUUGUGCAGCAGUACGCGGGGAUGGGGCUGCAGGGGGAAGGGGUAUCGCCGCUGGACAGCGGCGGCAACCAUAACGGGCAAGUGACCAGCCACUGGCGAACGCAGCAGCAGCAGCAGAUACUUAACCCCUGAAAGCAAGCAAUCUGCCAUGAAUGCACAUAAUUAAUUGUUCGACAGCUUUUUGUUUGUUUGGCGGUAACGUUAUUCUGUAUUCUUAGGUUAUGAUUGAAGGAUAUUU